AGUCCCAAGCAUCCCCGCGGUUGCCAUCACAGUCUCCAAGCCUCCUGCCCGGAGGAGGGGGCUACAUUGUGUCUAUUGUAGCUUUUGGCCGCCUCUUCGGGAGACCUUCUCGGGACGGUGAAAUCGGGCCUGAAAAGCAUGGCUGAUGAGCAGGAAAUCAUGUGCAAGCUGGAGAGCAUCAAAGAGAUCAGGAACAAGACCAUGCAGAUGGAGAAGAUUAAGGCAAGACUAAAGGCAGAGUUUGAAGCUCUAGAGUCAGAGGAACGGCACCUGAAGGAGUAUAAGCAAGAGAUGGAUCUCUUGCUACAGGAAAAAAUGGCCCAUGUGGAGGAACUGCGUCUGAUCCACGCUGAUAUUAAUGUGAUGGAGAACACCAUCAAACAGUCAGAGAAUGACCUCAACAAGUUAUUGGAAUCUACACGGCGGCUGCAUGAUGAAUAUAAGCCCCUAAAGGAGCAUGUGGAUGCUCUCCGCAUGACCUUGGGCCUACAGAGGCUUCCGGACCUAUGUGAAGAGGAGGAGAAGCUGUCCCUGGAUUACUUCGAGAAGCAGAAGGCCGAGUGGCAGACGGAGCCUCAGGAGCCACCCAUCCCUGAGUCCCUUGCUGCUGCUGCUGCCGCGGCCCAACAGCUACAAGUGGCUAGGAAACAAGACACUCGGCAGACGGCCACAUUCAGACAACAGCCCCCACCCAUGAAGGCCUGCCUGUCAUGUCACCAGCAAAUCCACCGGAAUGCCCCCAUCUGUCCCCUGUGCAAAGCCAAGAGCCGUUCCCGGAACCCCAAGAAGCCAAAGAGGAAACAGGAUGAAUGAAAAGAAGACUAGGCUCACGGAGCUCCCCUGCUCAGAGAGCCCUUUCCCCUUGGCCAGAGUAAUUGAUGUCCAGGCGUGAGCGUUCCUCCCCUCCUUCCCAGAAUCCCUCUGCCCUUCCUCAUCUUGUAUUUAGUGGGAUGGAAGCACAACUCUUUUUUCAUGUUCUUAUUCCUUCCAUCACUUGGGAUUUGGGGUUAGGAAGAUAUAGGUUUCAGGUACUAAGGCCUGUGUGUCUGAUAGCUCUGAUCCCUGAUUGCUGCCCCUCCCUUCCCCCUCCGCACUUCAGGAUAUCAGGUGGUGGCAGAAGUCGUCCGGGGCCUGAUGGGCUAACAUCCCUGCCAAUGGUGGAUAAUGGUGGGGUAAGUUGCUGGUUACUCAUUGGGCCCCAUGUCACAGAUGGGGCUGGUGCUCAAGGAAUUGUGGGAUCAAGGAAGACCACUGUUCCAGAUUGAGGUAGGGGAAGGGGAAUGUCACUCAUCAACAAUGGCUACAGCAGAGGGACCUUUGAAGGUCAUUAUUGCCAUUUGUCCCUUUAGAAUUUGGAAAGCUAACAGUAUAUUCCCUCUCCCUCCCUUUCUCAAGGGCAUUCCUUCUCAGGCUUGGUAGGUAGCAUUUGUCUCUAACAGACAGUUGCCAGGCAUGUGCAACCAUUUGGUUUCCUAACCACUCAGAACAGCUGCCUUCUUUUCAUUCUAACUCUACUCCCACACCAUGCCUUCUAGUCUUCCUUGGGGUGUAGUCUUAAAGGUGCUACUCUCUUUAAGGCUGUGGAAACAGCUUGCAUAACCCACCUAUUUCACUUUCAGAACCAGUCCAGUUGGGUGGCCUCUUGUUUCUCUAUUUCCCAGGGGCCUAGAUGCUGACACAGAAGAAUGUGGCUGGCCCAUUCUUCCUUUCCCUUUCCCCCUAAUGGGACCAUAAAGUCCUAUCCAAUUGCCUAGCCCCCUUAUCCCUUGCAAUGAAAUUAAUGCAAAAACCCAUUUUCCCAAGUACCUACUUGACCACUUUUUAUCCUGGCUGAGUGGCUCUUUGCAGUUCGGGACUCCCUGAGAAGGGAUACUAACAUUUGUCAGCCUGUUAGCUUUGAAGAACUAAUUUCUCUAUAUUUGAUCAAUAGUGCUUUUCUGGGGGGCUAGGGCAUGGGAGCUAGCUGUUGGAUAGUUCAGUCUGGAUAAGAUUCUGUUUCAUAUUUCCAUGAGCCCGACCCUCAUCUUCAUUUUGGAGCUGUGCUGUGGAUGUGUUGUUAUCAUUGUGAGUCAGUCAACCUCUCUGGUAGGCCCCCAACCCCUCCCUCUCUCCCCACCCCCAUACGCUUGGGUCAGUAGGAUAGAUGGAAGUGGGCAGGGACCCUCUGGGAUGGUCUUCUUCCCUUAAGGAAAUCCCAUCCCAUUAGCCACAUGAAGCACCCCUGUCCUCAAGGCUCCCCACCCUGGGGACCAUGGUCACAGCUUCUGAGCACACCUCUCUCCUGACUUACCAUCUCCUCCUUUAAGUAGAAGAGAAAGUUUCAUGUUCCUCACUGCCAUUCAGGUCGCUCUUGUGGAGACCUCUUUUGGUGUUAAGGGGAUAGACCUUGGCCGUGUUCCUGGCAGGGACCAUUUUUCCCCUUCCUUGUUUGCCAGUAGUUUUAGUGAGUUGCCCCCAGGGGCUAUAUGUUCAUAACCUCUGCCUCUUGGACUUAUGUGUAUUAUAUCUCUUGUCUAUACAAAUCUUAUUAAAUAAACAUCAUUCCAGGUUCCUGUAAUCCUUCCUUCUUCUUACC